AUGUCGGUGGACUAUAGCCAUCAACAGGCGGCUAUUGGCCUUACAAUCGCCUUUACUACUGUUGGCACUAUCUUCGUGAUCCUGAGACUAUGGAGUCGUCUGAUGUCAAGUAACCGUGUGUUCCUGGACGACUGGCUUAUAGUGGUCGCAUGGGUCUUCAUUAUUGCUCAAACAAUCACGGGUUGUUUCUACAUCAAAGCAAACCAUGUGGGCAUACAUGUUGCAGACAUCCCUCCGCAGACCCCUGAGGAUAUCAAAAUGGGCCAAAUUUGGAACUUUGCCAACCAGCUGCUCUACAAUCCGAUCCUGUCAUUCGUUAAAGUAUCUGUCCUUCUCUUCCUUCUUCGCCUGGAUUCACGGUCCCCCGUCGUUCGCUAUAUGAUUUAUGGGACCAUGUACUUCACCAUUGUGCUCGGAGUAUCCAUCCUGAUUGCAGAUGUCUUCCAAUGCACACCGGUAGCCUACGUUUACGACGCCAGUAUAGGCGGCCAUUGUAUCCAGCAGGGUGCAUUCUACGUUGCCACCGCAACGAUGACCAUCUUUACAGACUUGCUGGUCGUCAUUAUUCCAAUGAUAAUUGUCUACUCUCUACAGAUGCCUAUGCGGAGAAAGAUCAUGGUUGCUGGUAUUCUGUGUCUUGGUCUGGUUGCCACCGGUGUGGGCGCCUGGCGUCUUAACCAGCUGGUUCAAGCCUUUUUCCCGACUUCAGUAAAUCUGGAUUAUACAUACAGUAUCGGCUUCGUCUCAUCAGCCGUUGAGGAAAAUGUGGCCGUCGUCUCUGCAUGUUGUCCAGCACUGAAAGCACUCAUUUCUCGCUACGUGCCACGUUUUCUUGGCACAUCUAGCCGUGGUACAUAUGGCAAGUCAAGCAAUACUCGGUACGGCCAUGGCACAUACAUUCGUUCGAACGUGGAUCCCAACGACUCCUAUGAGCUUGGCCAGAAGAACUACAGUAACAAGCAACAUACUGAGAUCAGUGGCGGAAACAGUCAUGGUGGACGCCUGCCACCACGCUCAAAGACCGCGGAAAGUCUGAGCCUUAGUGAUGAUGAUGGUAUCAUUGCCGGAGCAAUGGGAAGCAUUGCCAUUGUCAAGACAACAAAUGUCUCGGUGCAGAGAGAUAGACGAGACGAUCACCCGGAAAAGGCAUCCAGUGUUGAUAGUCUAGUCUAA